GGACGGAAGGACGGGACCGGUGCUCGCCCGCGAGAGCUUUUAGGUCGCGCUUUUCGCUCUUCAUUUAUCGGCCACUCGGAGUUUCAGUCGGGUUUUUCAGUUGCUGCAUUCGAACUCGCGGUGUUUGUGAGUGGUAAUUCGGUAUUUUUUCCGAGGGAAACGUACGCCCUUUAAAGGGAUGGAGAUUUUCGGCAGGCGGUCUAAAUUAUCGCCGCUAGUUGUUACUAUAAUAUUUAUUACCUUCUUUCACAAUGUAUUUAGUAAGCAUAGGAUAAGGCACUUCAGUGACAGAUUCAAACGACAGCAAGGGGCGAAUCUCUACCUUCCGGGCAGUUAUGUCCAAGACAACAACGACCAGGAGAGCGGCCCGUGGGAAGACUGGUCGUCGCCGAGUCCUUGCUCCAGGACCUGCGGCGGCGGCGUCUCCACGCAGAGGAGAAAAUGCACCGACGGUUACGAGUGCUCCGGUCCGUCUGCGAAACACGUUUCUUGCAACACGCAGGAUUGCCCAGACCUAGGCGAUUUUAGAGCCCAGCAAUGCGCGGACCACAACAACGUACCCUUCGACGGGGCCUACUACGAGUGGGUACCGUACACGAAAGCGCCGAAACCCUGCGAGCUGAAUUGCAUGGCGAAAGGCGAGCGCUUCUACUUCAGGCACGCCGAAGCCGUGGUCGAUGGUACCAGAUGUAACGACGAGGAAUUCGACGUUUGCGUCGAAGGAAAAUGCCAACCCGUAGGAUGCGAUAGGAUGCUGGGAUCGAACGCCAGGGAGGAUAAUUGCCGAGUGUGCGGUGGCGAUGGAAGUACUUGUAACACCUACUCUAAUACGAUUCCAAUGAAGGAUAUGCAAGCCGGUUAUAACGACAUUUUACUUAUUCCUGCUGGUGCUACGAAUAUAAGAAUUGAGGAAUUGGCACCUUCAAAUAAUUACCUUGCUGUUAGGAACAAAACUGGAUUCUACUACUUGAACGGAAACUGGAAAAUCGACUUUCCCAGAAGCUUAGAUUUCGCAGGAACCCGGUUCAAAUACGACCGGCAACCCCAAGAAUUCGAUGCUCCUGACAUACUCACCGCUCUAGGACCAACAGACGAAUCUUUAUUCAUUGUACUUCUGUACCAAGGAGCAGACGUCCCAAUUAGUUACAGCUACAGUUUACCAACGAGCGUACCCCCACCAUCAACGGAAACCUACGCCUGGACUUACGACGAAUUUACCCCGUGCACAGCCUCAUGCGGAAGAGGUGUUCAAUACAGGAACGUCUCUUGCGCCGGCAGAAACUCGUUGGAGCAGGCCGAUCAGAGUUUGUGCGACAAGGAAUCCAAGCCGCAGGAGUUCCAGUACUGCAACGAGUUCGAUUGCGAGGCUUCGUGGAUGAUCCAGCCGUGGAGCGCCUGCUCGUAUCCGUGCGGGAAGGGCGGCGUAAAAACGAGACAGGUUACAUGCCAAAAAAUUGGUUCUAACGGCCUGCCGGAGCUCGUCAACGAUGAAGUGUGCGCCAGGAACGAACCCAAACCGCCUACAGAGGAAAAAUGCAAUGAAGGAAAAACGUGCGCUAAAUGGUUUACGGAUCCUUGGAAACCAUGUGAUCAUAUGUGCGGUCCUGGUAAGCAAACGAGAAAAGUGUUUUGUUACGAAGAGAAAAACGGCAAAAAGGAGAUAUUAGAUAACAGCGAAUGUAUGCAAGUCGAACCAAAACCGGAGGAAGAGAAGGAUUGUUCCAUUCGGCCUUGUGAAGGAGUGGAUUGGUUGAUGUCACAGUGGUCAGGGUGCGACAAAUGCGGUUUGACCAACGAAACACGGAAGGUUUUCUGUUCGACAGCUAGCGGCGAAAUACAACCAGAUGAACUUUGCGACGCCGAUAAAAAACCAGAAUUAGUAAGAGAAUGCGAAACUAUGAAUAAUACCUGUCAAUAUUCCUGGUAUGCGUCUCAAUGGAGCGAGUGUUCAGCGUCCUGUGGUCAAGGUGUCCAAACGAGAACAGUAUUUUGCGGAGUGUCCACUGUGGAUGGCGUCAAAAAAGUCGAAAACGACCAAUGCGAUCAAAGCAAGAAUUUCGAAACGAUAAAAAACUGUACCGCUGAACAGGAGACAUGCGAUGGGGAAUGGUUCAGCGGCCCUUGGGGAGAGUGCUCCAAACCAUGCGGAGGCGGCGAACGAACUAAGAAAGUUGUAUGUAUCAAAGACAACGAAAUAGUCGAAUCAUCAUCAUGCGAUAGCUCUAAGAUUGAAUUUUCGGAGGAAACUUGCAACCAACAACCUUGCUCAGAAGACACAAUCAUGCCGACUGAUAUAACGCAAGCUGUAGACGAAUCCGAGCCAACGAAAGACUCUUCGCAGAAAAGAGAAGCUACAACACCCGUGAGUACUGAUAUUCCCGAAAGCACCCCGACAAGCGGUUCGGAAUCGCCUGGAGUUUCAUCGGGUUUCGAAAUCACCACCGAAGCUACGCCGGUCACCACGGAAAACCCCGACGAUUUCGAAAUCGUGCCCGACGAUAAUUGCGACGACGGCGAAUGGGUGGAUGUCGACGAUGCUGAAGAAGAUGACAGCGUUCAAACUACCACUGAAAUGCUCCAAGGAGACGAUCCGUUCGCUUAUGAUUUUAUGAUGGGCGAUCAACCAGUGCUGGUGGCAGUGCUGGUGGGAUCCGGCGACGGGGAAGGCUCUUCUUCGUCUUCAUCAACUUGGUCUACAGAUUCAUCGACGUCUACUGAUUCGACUUGGUCGACGGAAUCGAGUUUGUCGACGGAAUCGACUUUGUCGACGGAAUCGACUUUGUCGACGGAAUCCUCUUUGUCGACGACCGAAUUUGAAGGAUCAGGACUUGACAGUAUACUUGAUAAUAUCGGGGAAUCGGAUGCAGGAGAGAAAAAGUACACUAAAGCAGCAGAAACUACUACUGCAUUUACGGGACCGACGGAAUCAACUGAAAGUACAACCGAGUACACUGGACCUACAGAAUCCACCGAAAGUACGACCGAAUACACUGGACCCACAGAAUCUACCGAAAGUACAACCGAGUAUACUGGACCUACAGAAUCAACCGAGAGUACAAGUGAGUUCACAGGAUCUACGGAAUCCACUGAAAGCACAACGGAAUAUACCGGUCCUACGGAAUCGACGGAAAGCACUACAGAAGGAGCGACUGAAACGACAACAGAAUUUACGGGAUCAACAGAAUCGACGGAAAGUACUACAGAAGGAGCGACUGAAACUACAACAGAAUUUACAGGAUCAACAGAAUCAACAGAAAGUACUACAGAAGGAGCGACUGAAACAACAACAGAAUUUACGGGAUCAACAGAAUCGACCGAAAGUACUACUGAAGGAGCAACUGAAACGACCACCGAAUUUACAGGUUCUACGGAAUCGACAGAAAGCACAACAGAAGGAUCGACUGAAUCUACAACCGAAUUUACUGGUUCUACAGAAUCGACCGAAAGUACAACAAGCGCCCCUACAGAAUCAACAACGGAAUUUACGGGAUCAACAGAAUCCACGGAAAGCACGACUGAAUUUACUGGUUCCACUGAAUCAACCGAAAGUACUACUGAAGCAAUGACACAAAGUACUACCGAAUUUACUGGAAGUACAGAAACAAGUACAGAAUUCACCGGUUCCACAGAAUCUACUGAAAGUACAUCCGAGUUUACUGGAUCUACGGAAAGCACGACAGAAUUUACUGGUUCAACUGAAAGUAGUACAGAAUUUACUGGAUCUACGGAAAGCACUACAGAAUUUACCGGUUCAACUGAAAGUAGUACAGAAUUUACUGGAUCUUCGGAAAGCACUACAGAAUUUACUGGUUCAACUGAAAGUAGUACAGAAUUUACUGGAUCUACUGAAAGUACCACGGAAUUUACAGGCUCCACGGAAUCCACGGAAAGCACUAGUGAAUUUACAGGAUCAACAGAAUCCACUGAGAGUACCACAGAAUUCACAGGAUCGACCGAAUCUUCCACAGAAUUCGGUACAACGUCAAUUAUGGAAUUAUUCCAAAAGAAACCGAGAAUGUGCAAAAGAAGGAAAGUCAAGGCGUGCAAAAAAUCCAAAUUCGGUUGUUGCUGGGAUAACAUUACUCCUGCCGACGGUCCGUUUGACAAAGGCUGUCCGAUGCCUAAAACAUGCAAAGAAGCCAAGUACGGUUGUUGCGACGACGGCGUCUCUGCUGCGCUUGGACCUAAGAAAGCCGGUUGCCCUCGAUCACAAUGUAAGGAAACAAUGUUCGGUUGUUGUCCAGACAAUAAAACACCAGCCGAAGGAAACGACAAUGAAGGCUGUCCUCCCGAGUGUCUUAGCUCUAAAUUCGGUUGUUGCGACGAUAACAGUACUGCAGCUGAAGGACCGGAUCACAAGGGUUGCCCAGAAGAGUCUACUACUGUAAUAUCUACUGAACCCAGCGAGACGUCGACGGUAUCUGGUGAAACGGAUACAACCAGCGAAGGUACUACUGAAACCGGAUUAACAUCAGAAACAACAACGAUGGAGAUUGGGAAUAGAAAUGGCGAAGACACGGAUUGCGAAUCGAUGGCGUACAGAUGCUGCCCGGACGGCGUCACUCCCGCGAGGGGUCCAGGAUUCCAAGGUUGCAACUUGCCCUGUUCCGAAGCCAAGUUCGGUUGUUGUCAAGACGCGAAAACCCCAGCUCACGGCCCCAGCGGUGAAGGUUGCUGCUUAUCAUCAGCCUUCGGCUGCUGCCCGGAUAACAUCACACCGGCGAGAGGUCCUAACAACAGCGGUUGCGAAUGCCACUUUACUCCUUACGGCUGCUGCCCUGAUAACAAGACAGCUUCUCAAGGGUACGAAAAGGAAGGUUGCGGUUGCGAUUAUUCCGAAUUCGGCUGCUGUCCCGACGGGCACACCAGAGCCCAAGGCGCAGAUUACCAGGGCUGCCCAUGCCAUACCUUCCAGUUCGGCUGUUGCCCAGAUGGCAUUAUGAGCGCUCAAGGACCUUAUGGACAAGGUUGCGGGUGCAGAAAUUUGGAGUUCGGUUGCUGUCCUGACGAGAAAACGCCCGCUUCAGGGCCCAACCAAGAAGGAUGCGGAUGCGAAAACUCCAAAUUCGGUUGCUGUCCAGACGGUGUUACCGAAGCUAAAGGUGAACACUUCGAAGAAUGCACAGAUAUUCCCAAAAAUCUCCAAGUGGGUUGUUCGAUACCGAAGGAACGAGGCGGAUGCAGAAAUUACACAGUUAAAUGGUUCUUUGAUCUGGAUUACGGCGGUUGCUCCAGAUUUUGGUAUGGCGGUUGUGAUGGUAACGAAAAUCGAUACAAAUCUAAGGAAGAAUGCGAUCAAACUUGUGUCAAUCCGGAAGGAGUGGCUCGGUGUCAAUUGCCUAAAGUAGCAGGACCAUGUGAAGGUUACUAUCCACAAUGGUACUACGAUAAGAACCUGAAAACAUGCGCACAAUUCGUAUACGGCGGUUGUCUUGGAAAUAACAAUCGUUUUGAAACCAGAGAAGAAUGCUUAGGUUUAUGCGUUAAAGACAGCGGAAGCGAUCCUUGCCAACAACCAGAAGAUGAAGGUCCUUGUCACGGAAGUUACCAGCGAUUCUUCUUCGAUAAAGAGAGCGGGGAGUGUAGACCAUUUGUCUACGGUGGCUGUAAAGGUAAUAAGAACAAUUUCGCCACAAUCGAGGCGUGCAGACAACAAUGCUCUCCACCUGGACAAAUGAAAGACCUUUGCACGGCACCCAAGGCGGAAGGUAACUGCACGGAGGUUUACGCGGAUUGGUUCUAUGACACCUCAAAGAAAUCUUGCGCACCGUUCUAUUACACCGGUUGCAACGGUAAUCCUAACAAUUUCGACAGCAAGGAAGCAUGCGAGGCGCAAUGUCCUCCUCAAAUCGAAGUAGACACUUGUCAUUUACCCGCCGAAACUGGAGGAUGCGCUAACUACGUAGACAGGUGGUACUUCGACACCCGCGAGAAAUCCUGCAGGCAGUUCUACUACGGCGGUUGCGGUGGAAACGGAAACAAUUUCGAAACCCAGCAGUCCUGUCAACAACGGUGCGAGAAGCAAACCGCUCCGGCGGAACCGGAAAUUCCAAUAGAAACAACCACCACUCCGCAACCAUUCACAACAGACCAAUGCUUCUUACCAAGCGAAACUGGACCCUGCAGAGCAGCUUUCACCAAAUACUAUUAUGACGCUAACGAUGGAGUAUGCAAGAGUUUCACCUACGGAGGAUGCAAAGGCAACGGAAACAAGUUCGAUAGAAUCGAAGAUUGUCUUCAGAACUGCGGCAACGCUCAAGAUCUAUGCACCCUGCCGCCUAUUCAGGGCACUUGCGGUGGUCAGUACCCGCAAUUCUAUUACGAUCAAACGUCCGAUUCCUGCCGGGAAUUCAUCUUCAGCGGGUGCGGCGGCAACUACAACAGAUUCCAAGAUAAACAGUCUUGCGAACAGCGAUGCAAACGAGCCGAACCGGAACCAACGUACACGCAGGCGCCAACGAGUGCCAGCGAGGCUGUCAUGUGCUACGAAUCUCCGCAGCCAGGAAACUGCUUAGAAAGAAUUACCGCUUUCUACUACGAUCCAACGAGGAGAGUAUGCCAACCGUUCGUAUACAGCGGUUGCGGAGGAAACAACAAUCGUUUCAACAGCGAAGAGCAAUGCCAGAGGCAAUGUGGUGAAUUUAGGGAUCAAGAUGUUUGCAAUAUGCAAAGAGAUCCGGGACCGUGUAGAGGUUACUUCGUGAAAUAUUACUACGAUUCAUCAACAGGUCGUUGCAACCAAUUUGCUUACGGAGGUUGCCAAGGUAAUGGAAAUCGGUUCAGUUCGGAAGAAGAAUGCGCUCAAAUAUGCAUCACCCAUCACGAGAACCAACCGAAUCUCACAGCGUCAGCACUCUGCCGGCUACCGGCCGAUACGGGUUCAUGCCAAGAAGGCUACCGCAAACGUUGGUACUUUGACGAUUCUAGAGGAGAAUGUCGCGCGUUCAUUUUCUCCGGUUGCGGAGGCAAUUUCAACAAUUUUAAAUCGUACCGACAUUGCGUCGAUUAUUGUAGGGAAUUAUUACCGCCUCCCUUUGAACCUCAAAUCACCACCGACAUGCCGCCCCAUCCCUGCCAGGCAGCCUUCGACGAAUGCACAACGAUGCGGUGUCCCUACGGCGUCGAGCCCUUCGUAGACGAGAACGAUUGCAACCGAUGCCGAUGCCGCGACCCCUGUGUAGAAAUCGAGUGCCUUCCUGACGAGCAAUGCGCCAUCGAUUUGAACAGGAAUAAGACCACAGCAGCUGACGCCGAUUUUAUAGCUAUUUGCAGGAAACGUAACAAGCCUGGCACUUGCCCUACUUUAAAAGACGAAAAUUGCGAAGAGGAAUGCAGAACGGAUGCGGAUUGUGCAUUAUAUUUGAAGUGUUGUUCCAAUGGUUGCGGUACUGCCUGCGUGGAUCCGACACCUCCUGGACAGUUGGUUACUCAGCAGUACCAGCCCGCUUACACUGAAGGACCGAUGGAAGCUCAAUAUCAACCGCCUCGCGUGGAUCCGAUCGAAUAUGAACCCGAAAUCUCGGCAUCGAUUGGAGGCCAGGCGACACUGAGAUGCGCCGUUUCUGGUAAUCCAAACCCCAAGAUCAGCUGGAGUAAAGACAACAUCGAGAUCGAUGGUACCCAGCCUAGAUACAGGAUAAAAUUGGACCAGUCGCUACAAAUUAUAACGCUCCACAAAACCGAUUCAGGAGUUUACCUUUGUACAGCUAAUAACGGCGUGGGAGAUCCCCUUACCAACGAAAUCAAAUUGGAGGUCCUAGAUUCUGGUCCUAGACCGGUGUCGAUACUGGGCGAUCCGGGCGACGAACAGCCAGUGGUAGUUUCCCUAAACUCUCCCGCCACCCUAAACUGCUACGCCCUCGGUUUCCCCUUCCCGACCGUAACGUGGUGGAAAGACGACGAGAUCGUACCGUUCAAAAACAACGAAUUCGAAAUACGUAAAGACUACUCUCUCCUCAUACACUCCGUUCAACUCCAAAAUCUCGGCAUUUACACGUGCCAGGCGUACAACGGAUUCGGCAAAGCGGCCAGUUGGUCGGUGACCGUCAAAACUCGAGCACCGAUCGGCUUCGGUAACGACAUCAAUCAGCCGUAUAAUAAGUUCAUUAUUUACCCUGAGGAGGCGACCACGCCUAGCACCACUACGCCUAGAAGGGAAAUUCCUUAUGAUCCUUACGUUCCCACUGAACCAUCUAAUGAGAUCAUUCCCAACACCCUGCCGGAUGCUCAAGUUGGAAGGCCGCCACCGACUCUCGCUGUGCCCGUCAGAGCUAAUAUAACGUUGACCGAUCGGAAAUAUCCGGAGGGUAGCACGUUUGAAAUACCCUGCGAAUAUUCGGGAUACCCGCAACCGCAGGUUCAGUGGUACAAAGAUGGUAUUGAGCUUUACGAAACGGAGAAAAUACACAUCAGAGAAACUGAAAGAAUCAGCGUAUUAACGGUGGAGAGGGCAUCUAAAGCGGAUUCAGGAAUCUACCAAUGCCAAGCGACGAACGCUUACAAUAAAGUAGAAAAUGGAAUAGAAAUUGCUGUUGAAGGAAUGUACAUACAUCCCAGCUGUACGGACAACCAGUUCUUCGCGAAUUGCGAUCUAAUUGUGAAAGCUAAGUACUGUACGCACAAGUACUACGCCAAAUUUUGCUGUAGAUCGUGCACACAAGCCGGUCUUUUGCCCGUAAGCGGACCUCACCUAGAUAACUUGAGUAGACAGAAUUUCCUCAACAAUAACUUAAUUUAAUUGUUAAAAUAGAACACUAGUCUUUUUUUAUUUUUAAAGGGUGUUUUAGAAAGGAAUAAUGGCAUGUUGACAAUAAAAUUGUGCCCUAUCGCAACUUUACUAUAAAUAUUAUCAGUCGAUUACUUCGGUAAAAGUAAAUAUUCUCUUGUGGCCAAGUUGAUAUUUCAUAAUUUUUUAGUGCCAUUUAAGUCUUAAAAAGCCGAGCGAUGAGUGAUUUUUUGAGACGAAUUCCUUUGCCAUAUUGGUGAAUAGAAAUAUCGAAACUAUUUAAUAACAAUAUAAAAUAUCCUGUAAAUUUCUUUCUAAAACAUUCUUGUGCAUUAUCGUGAAAUUAACGACGGAUUAGAGUAAGUAUUAAAAUAAAUGUAAUCUCCUCCCACUCUGUAACGUUGUUGCGUUAUCACUUUUUUUACCAUAUUGUAUUUAAUUCUUUGUCAUUACUGAAAAUUUCCUGUAGAUAUAGGUGUUAAAAUACGGCGUGUUCAAAAAUGUGUGCAAUUUCUUUUUUACUGUAUAUACUUUUAAAAAAUUAUAUUUAUGUAAUGUAAAAAUGUGUUCAAUACUUGUACAAGUAAAACAUUAAAAUAUCUUAAAAUUGAAAGUGUUUGAUAGCCCGUAAACGAGAUUAUUCCUGCACAACUGUGUUUUUCAAUAGGGAAAAACCAUUAUAUUCUUUCGUUAAGGAUUCGAAAUCUGCUUACUAAAAAUGGUAUAAUGGGAUAACAAAGCUAUAGUAUACAGAUUGUUCAUUUUAGUUUGCAAUAAAGGUUAUAUUAGACACUUAUAAAGAAAAAGAAAGUGAGAUAAUGUGUCAUUGCAACUUUUCACUCUAACAACUGUUAUUUUAAUAAACUUUCUUUGUGUAACUCAUGGAAAUGACGAUAUGUAUUGCAAACUGAAAUGAAUCAAGGUGUAUAUCGAUCCUGGACAAGUCACUGUACAAAUUAUAUUUCUGUAGAGAUGUGUAUUUUAAUUAAAGCAUAUAAAAACGAGAAUGCGCAUGCAUACAAACGUGCAAUUUGCAAUAGACUUGUUUCGAAUCGUCUUCGCAAACAAACCUACAAUUUACUUAAAAUUAUACAGGAAGUGAAAAGCAAACGAAUAUUUUCGCAUAAUAAAUAAACAUAUUGGAAGAACAAACAAAAUUCUAUCUUAAUUUACUAUCGUUCAUUUUAUUAAAACCCAAAUGUAAACAGCUCCUUCACUUACUAAAAACAUGAAUUUGAAAAGAACACAAGCGAAAUAUAUAAUUAAGUGAUUUACUUAAAUCUAUUUACAGUCAGAUAACAUUACCGUGGUCCGCUGGUCACCGACCGAAGCGCGACAGAUUAUUAUGAAAAAUAAAAACUCUACGUAAGCAAAACCACCUUUACUUUAAUAUUAUAGUGUGUGUUAUAACAACGAUCAACCCUUGCACUGGAAUCUGACUUUAAAUAAAACCAACACAAAGAAUAUAUACAAUCAAAUUAUAUAAUAAUAAAAAAAAGAUUAGAUGAUUCUCAUUUAAAUGAUUACAAUCGUGUUUAAUUAUUAUAGUCAUGUUGUGUAUUGAGCACGACGACCUGGUUGACAUUUAAAUACGAAUAACAACACAGUUACAAUCUAGCUAACCUAAGUGUUGAAAGCCUAAAUAGUACUAAAAUCAUUCAUACGCGUCGCGCACGCGUGUUUGUCGUCCGAGUGGCUCCCUUUCAACAAGCAACAGCGACGGGGCAGCCGCCGAGACGCCGCGAACCCGAUCCUUAUUCUUCCGAAUAUUAUUUAUUAAUUAUUUGAAACUCCGUACGACAGACAGCACUAAGGCAACUGUAGUCCUCGAAAAAAUGGAAUGUUUGAAAACCGCUCUUGCGACUAAAAUGUCUUCGACAGACAGUGAAUUAUUGUUAUUGGUUGUGGUUCAUACUUGUCAUUGUUACUUUUUUUUUCCUCUAUUUUUAAUAUAAUCCAAAUUAAUAAGAUUAAUAAAUAACUAACGCGUGCACGAACGAGUCGUUUGCUCGGAGGAAUCGCCUCUAUCUUGCACGACGUACUUAACUAUUUAAAAACUGCACAAGCAGCAAAUUUACUAGAAUUAGCAACAGUAUUUUUUUUUGUACAAUAAUCGAUAGGGAAAGACGUCGUCGGUUCUAAUUAAUUUUAGUAACAACUGCUUUCGCCGCGUAUCGGUACAUCAUGCUAACAUUGUAAACGAGAUCUUUCCUAUCGAAACUGCGGAGAACGAACCGUCCCCGCAGCAUCCACUGAGUGGCAGUACUCUGAUAUUUAAUACUUAAUAAUAGGUUUCUUGUUCUAACCAGCCGCCGGGGCAACGUCGCAAGUAGAACCGUCGCACUUCGUCGUAUAUGAAGAUAGCCAACAUGAAUGGAAUUGCUGGCAACCACCAGACGAACCUAGAAUACAAAAACAUACA